GGCCCACCCCCUCUCCCCAGUCCCCACACACCCCUCGCCCGCCCUCGUUCCCCUCCUCGCCAGUCGCCUCCACUCCCAUCACCGACGACGUGUCGAGGCGAGAGCAGAGGGCGAGUCCAAAGUCUAGGGUUCCCGCCGCAUCGGCACGGGCAUCGCACCGCACCCCGAGGGCGCGGGCACGGAGGAAGAUGGCGCGGCGCGGGCGCGUGGAGCUGCGGCGGAUCGAGGACAAGGCGAGCCGACAGGUGCGCUUCUCCAAGCGCCGCGCGGGGCUGUUCAAGAAGGCCUUCGAGCUGGCCCUGCUCUGCGACGCCGAGGUCGCGCUCCUCGUCUUCUCCCCCGGCGGCAAGCUCUACGAGUACUCCUCCACCAGCAUAGAAGAUACAUAUGACCGCUAUCAGCAAUUUGCGGGAGCAGGAAGAAAUGUGAAUGGAGAUAACAACGAUAACCCAGACGUAGCUGCUUCAGAUUUACAGUCGAGACUUAAGGAGAUCGCAACAUGGUCUGAACAACACAAUGCUGAGGAGUCAGAUGCCAAUGAACUCGAGAAACUAGAGAAACUCCUGGCAAAUGCUUUGAGGAACACGAAAACCAAAAGGAUGUUGGCAAAACAAAACAAUGGUGGUGCCGGUACAAGUACAGGCAACCAGAACAGCAACGGACCUAGUAGUCACGAGUAAGGAGUGGCUUUGCUCAGCACAGAGUGUGCAACUGACAAAUGAAAUGGGGCGUGCAUCUGUUGCUGACAGUGCCGCGUAGUAUUGUUAGGCAGCUAAGGUUUGUCAAGGUUAGCUGAGGAAGGGAAGUUCAAUAACAGGAUGCAGAAAUGGUGUCGUCCUUGCCGAACCAGACCCUGUUAUGUUGUCGCACCUUGUUUCUUUUCCUAGCAUUGUGCCUGCUGCUUGAUGUUUGUACGGGUUGUGAGUCUGUGAGAUGCUUCAUGUUUGUUUGGAUGUGUCAACCUGCUGUGACCCUCGUGGAGCCUGGGUCUCACGCUACUUUUACCAGGUGUGGUAUGCAGAAGAAGUGACGCUGUAUAAUUAUGCAAGUUUCUGGCAGAUUUCAAAUUUUCAAUCCAGUAGUUACUCCUUCUAAUGGUACAGGUUGGCAUGAUUUCAUCUGCAAAAAA